GUCAAAGUUGUACAGUUCAGUUGCAGUACCAGUCACGAUCAAUCACUGGAUUUAAACGGAGCUCUGCUUAGGCCUCCAAGGAUUACAGAGCUUUUGUGGACGUCCCAUUGCCUUUGGGUCGUAUUCGUGGAACCACCUUUGCCCCGGUGAAUUUGCACCCAAAUUUCAAGAUUUGUUCCAAGAACUCUCAACAGAGGAUUGUUGUCACUCAAAAUCCGUCGGUCGUCAAAAUGCGAAACUCCAGUAUCCUUAAAUGGGCUCAAAACAACAAGAACAAUAAGCUUAUCAAUGGGAAGAAGAACGACAAGAAAUGGAUUCAUCAACCAGCAGCCCUGCAAACCGGCCAUGUCGUCUACCUUGUCAAGUUCUUGGGCAACACAGAGGUGGACAAGCCUAAGGGAAUCGAGGUGGUGAAACAAGGGGUGCAGAAGCUAAAGUUCAACCAACAAUUGAAGAAGGCCGAGGGCGGCAACAGCAGCGCGAAGACGCCCAAAGUGGAGAUGACCAUCUCGGUGGAUGGAGUGACGAUUCAAGAUCCCAAAUCCAAGGCCAUGAUGCAUCAAUACCCUUUGCAUAAGAUCUCGUAUUGUGCCGAUGACAAGGCUGAGAAACGAUUCUUCAGCUUCAUCGCCAAGGAGGGCGACACCAAUCGCCAUACUUGCUUCGUUUUUGUCAGUGAUAAAUUGGCCGAGGAAAUUACUCUGACCAUAGGCCAAGCCUUCGAGCUGGCUUACAAGAAGUUCUUGGACACUUCUGGCAAGGAGAAGGAAGUCAAGAGGACUCAGCUGGUCCAACAAAAGCGGAUUUCUUUGCUUGAGAAGGAAAAUGCCGAACUGAAGAAACGUCUCAAAGACAUUGCCAACAUCAAGGGGCCCCAAGAUAUUCAAAAGUAUAUGAAUAAAAACAACAUCACGGAUAUCUGCGAGGUGAGAAUCAAUGAGAAUGAUUCCACAUCCCUGAAUGGAUCCUUGAGCAAUGGAGGUGGCAACGACAAUGAUUCCAACCAUUCGGCCAAGAAACCGGAAAAGGAUGAGCUCAUCAAUUUGGAUUCGGCCAACAACAAAUUGGACGGAUUCUCGUUGGACGACCUCCAUGAUGACGACUUCAAUCCACGUGCUUUCGCCGGCAACUCUGAUUCUGACGACACUGAUGAAGCUGAUUUUGACCCUCGGGCGCCAAAAACAGAAGCCCCCACUUUGCACCCUGCCCCGUCGGCCCCAGUUCUCAUCUCUCCUCCGCCCGCCAUGCCUGCCCGGGCUAAAUCUCAAAACAAUUUCUCGGAUUCUCUUUUCUCAGCUAACGAGGCUGUAACCAAGGAUCCAUUCAAUGGCGAUCCAUUUGGCAUGUCAACUUUUGAGUCACCGGUUCGAUCACAGACCAACGCCUUGAUUGGCUUUCAAGGAGGCAUAAGUAUGAAAAAUUUCUCUCUGGAUGACCUUGACCCUCUAAAGAAGUGAUGAGUACAUAUGCAUUUCGUCAAAGAAGAUAAAUUUUGCUGUGUGAAUGAUGCACCUUUUGUGCAAAUGUGGAAGAGCAAAUGCUUUGUGAAACAAAUCAUUCCAACUUACAAUGUGAUCAUUUCAAAGUUAUUCAAUUAUGAAAUGCUCUAAACGAGAUUAAAUAAACUUUCUAUUUCUAA